AUGUCGCAGAUUUCAACAAAAGAUCAAGGACCUGAAAAACGGCCUUUAACUAGCACCCGUUCUUCCAAGAGGAAAAAGCUGGCACAGCCCAGAAGUACCCAAUGCCAAUUCUGGCUUGCCCAAAAACGGCGUUUCUGCGCCAUGCAGCGCCAAAAUGGCGAACAGUUUUGUCUGGAACAUCUCCAAGGUGAAAAAUCCGCCGAGCGAGUUCCAUGCCCGCUCGAUCCGAAGCAUAGUGUGUGGGCACGGGAUUUGGCAGUUCAUAUGGCCAAGUGUCCUGCUCGGCCGGAGGAACCUGACCCUUGGUUCUGUCGCAACAAAAACUCCUGGCUAGAUUCAGAAAGAGAAGCUAGAAAGAGCAGUCAGGAAGAGAAAGUUCAGGACGACGAGAAGCUGGCGAUUGAGGAGACCUGUGAAAAGGGACCUAAUACUACAUCCGAAUUACUUGACACUUCAUCUAGUGAUUUGAACAGCGAGACGGAUGCGGAACUUCUAUCUGUUAUAUCCAUUGUUCAGCGUUUUGGGGUAGAUUGCUUGCCUGUUCCACGCCAAAUUGGUUCACAUGCGGCACUUCCCCCAUGCGAGGGAAAGGAGCAACAAAGGCACAACACUCAGCAUGCAGCACUUGUGUCUCUUCUUCAAUGCCGUGGUUUGCUUUCGUCAGAAAACUUUUAUGUAGAGUUUGGAUGUGGAAAAGCUGAAUUGUCCCGUAGUGUGGAUAUCUGUGUGGUCCAUGAGUGGAAGGAAGCUGAAUCAACGGCUGAUGAGAAGAGAGAGCAGUCUUCGGGCUCUCCUGAUAAUGGAAAAUCUCCAGAAUUCUCACAGGUUGAGACAUCUCAGAUUACAGGUUCUGAAAAAAGUGCAGAGCAUGAAAAAAAUGAGUCUAUUUCCGACGUCUCUGAUACCAAAACUGCCCCAAAAGCCUCCUAUGGUUUUGGUCUCGUGGAUCGAGGUGCCAACCGUAUGAAAGCUGACACCAAACUCCGUGCUUCGCCUUUGCAUCCAGUCGUUCACAGAGCUAGAAUCGAUAUUGAGCAUUUGGACUUGGCGUGUUUUCUCAAAGAGACACUUCCCCAGUCACAACUCGUGGCCAUCUCAAAACAUCUAUGCGGAGCAGCUACAGACUUGACGUUGGUAGCCCUUGCCAAUUCUAAAAUACCUUUCCGAGGUUUGGUGGUUGCCAUGUGCUGCCGGCACGCCUGUGUUUACGAAAGACUUCUCCCAGCUGCCCGGAAGUUUUUGGAAGAGCAUGGUGUAUCCAAGGAACAAUUUCCUUUGUUGCGCCGUAUUGCUACUUGGGCUGUAAGUGGGGUUGAACAGGAAAGAGCGCAGCUCGGAAAAUGGGCUCGCCGUAUGGUGGAUAUGGCCCGUGUACAUGCCGUUACCGAGCUUUGGGGUGAAGAGUACAUGGUGGAGCUUGUGGAAUAUGCAGAGGAAGAUACAACGUUGGAAAACCAGUGUUUGUGUGUGUGGAGAAAGAGCUAA